UUUUUAAGGUUUUUUGAAGUCACUCGGAUUUUUUAUCGAACAUUUGAGCUUUAUUGGGCUUUGGAUCCUGAAGAAAAAUGCAAAUUGGGUGAUGUUGUUAUUAUUCGAAAACUUCCUGAAGAGAAAAGGAUUGCUUCUACAGUCCCCUAUUUGAUUGAAAAAGUUGUUUUUGAACAUGGAGCACGUGUGGAUCUUCUCAGCAAGAAACGUAAUUUUGAAGGAAUUUAUGAGGAUGAAAUGAAUAUUCGAAAACAGCUUGUUGACGAAGUUUAUAACGAGCCAUUAGCUGAGAAAACACUCUCCUAUGACAAGAAAAGAAGUUUAAUUAAGCAAAGAAUAAGGCAAAGAUUGAAUUUGUUGAAAAAUGAUGAAAAUUGA